UACCUCCCCUUACACCUCCCUCCAUGUCCCUCCCUUCACCAUCACCAUCAGGCAGAGGAACACGAACGAAAUGACACCUUCAUAGAUAAGAAUAUCACUCCAGUUUUGGUACUUACCUAGUGUAACCUAGAUUGGUACAUACACCUACGAAAAGAAGGAGAGGAAGAAAAAACAUUCGUAUCUAAUAUACCAACCAACCGUUUCACAUAAUAAUAUAAACAACUUCAAGGUUUUGCAGUGUUGUUGCAGUGCACAAUAAAAUUUAAAGUUAAAAUUCUUAUCAAUUAUAAAUUGGUGGUCUUAGUGAAUCAAGAAUUACCUACCUACUACAAAAUUAAUGUGGAAGUUCAAGAGCAUCAAGAAAAACAUAGAAUAAUAAUGAUGAGAGUUUAUUAUGGAAGUGUAUUCUGGAUCUGUAAUGUGUUUAUUUUUUGUUUGACUCAUAAUUGCUAUGGGCAUUUUGUCGAUACUCAAGAAUAUGUGGAGAGAGAAUUGUCAAGGCUAAAAAGAUCAAGUGACGUAAAUUUGUCUAGUUCUAGUGAAGCAAUUCCUUCUGAUGUUGCCAAGUCGGCUAUAAGCUCGUCUACUGAAGGUGCCGUAGUAUACGAGAUUGGUCCCUCCAAUAAUUCCAUAUUAUCAAUUAUUCAAGUUAAUAUUUCGUCAUCAACUGCCCCUAAUGUUUCAAUACCCAGUCCUUCUGACCCUGCACCAUUACCAGCUAAAGGUUCAGCUGAAGAUGAACAUAAUAGUUCAAUGGCCAUAUUCUUUGUUCUAUGCAUUCUGGCUUUGGGAAUACUUUUGAUUCACUUGAUGUUACAAACUGGCUUCUCAUAUCUCCCUGAGAGUGUAGUCAUUGUAUUUCUUGGAGCAUUGAUUGGCAUGUUAAUUAAUGUAAUGUCUAUAAAGAAUAUUGCAAACUGGAGAAAAGAGGAAGCAUUUUCGCCAACUGCAUUUUUUUUAGUGCUUUUGCCGCCAAUUAUAUUUGAGUCUGGGUAUAAUCUCCAUAAGGGUAAUUUUUUCCAGAAUAUUGUAUCUAUAUUACUCUUUGCCAUAGUAGGUACUGCAAUCUCUGCUUUUGUCAUUGGGGCAGGUAUUUAUUUAUUGGGGUUAGCUCAAGUGGUGUACAAAUUGAGUUUUGUUGAGUCUUUUGCCUUUGGUUCUCUUAUAUCUGCUGUGGAUCCUGUAGCUACAGUAGCAAUCUUCCACGCUUUGGACGUAGACCCUGUGUUGAACAUGUUGGUCUUUGGUGAGAGCAUUCUCAAUGAUGCAGUUGCCAUUGUGCUAACUACUGCAGUGUUAGAUUCAAAUGGUCCAGAUAUGUCAACUGGGGAAGCAAUACUGUCCGCUAUAAACAGGUUCUGGCUGAUGUUCUUUGCAUCUGCUGGUAUUGGAGUGCUCUUUGCAUUGGCCAGUGCACUUUUAUUGAAGCAUGUUGAUUUAAGAAAAAACCCUUCAUUAGAGUUUGGUAUGAUGCUGGUAUUUACUUAUGCACCAUAUGUACUUGCUGAAGGAAUACAUUUAUCAGGAAUAAUGGCAAUCUUGUUCUGUGGUAUUGUCAUGUCUCAUUACACUCACUUCAACUUGUCUACUGUGACACAAGUCACAAUGCAGCAGACUAUGAGGACCUUGGCAUUCAUUGCUGAAACAUGUGUCUUUGCUUAUUUAGGAUUGGCUAUAUUCAGUUUCAAGCAUAGGGUUGAACCAGCACUUGUUGUAUGGAGCAUAGUGAUGUGUCUGCUUGGAAGAGCAGCUAAUAUUUUCCCUCUUGCUCUAUUAUGUAACAAAUUUCGAGAACAUAAGAUCACAAAAAAAAUGAUGUUCAUCAUGUGGUUCAGUGGGUUACGUGGAGCUAUUUCCUAUGCUCUUUCUCUGCAUCUUGGAUUUUCUGACGAGACUCGUCACGUCAUUAUAACAACAACUCUUAUCAUUGUGUUGUUUACGACGCUAUUUUUCGGAGGAUCGACGAUGCCAUUGCUGAAGUUUUUACGGGCCAAUAAAAAAACUAAACGCUCAAAGUCAUUGAGGAAACAAAAAGAAGUCAGUUUGUCAAAGACUAAAGAAUGGGGGCAAGCAAUUGAUUCUGAACAUUUAUCAGAAUUAACAGAAGAAGAACUAGAGGUAAAUUACUCUCAUGCAACGAGAUUAAAAGGUUUUGUGAGGUUGGAUAUAAAAUAUCUGAUACCAUUCUUCACCAGGAGAUUUACGCAUCAGGAGCUGAAAGAUUGCAAGAGCCAGAUGACAGAUCUUACCAACCAGUGGUACCAAGCGAUCAGGGUCACAAACGAUCGCGAGACAGACGAAGAGGAAAUUUUGCCAAGUUCUCUGUCUAAUUCCCACACUAGUCUCCAGAGAGGCGUGUAAGAUAUCUGAAAGAUUUUUACACUUAAGUUGUUUUUCCACUAGAGACAUGCACUCGGCGGUGCAUCUUCGUAGCAUAGUACAAUGGAAACGGCCACAUAGUUUUGUACUAGAGCUUACAUAUAUUUGUGCCAUAGCUGCAUAUCACAUUUAUGGCGAAAAAGCACUCUUUGUGUCCGGCCGCCGGUGGAUUUUGGCCUAAACCAUAGCUGAAUCAAAAUCAAAUCACUCAGAAAUUUUGUUCCAGAUUGGCUAAAAUGUAAAAACCGUUAUGUGAACUGGAUUUGUAUAACAAGAUAAGAUUUUUUUACAACUUUUAUAUAUAUUUUUCUUAUGUGCCUACCGAGGGUCGGAUACAAUUUUUAGUUCAUAAAAUUUUACAAUUAAUACACAUGUAUAUGUUACUUUUGACUUAUUGUACGUACUUUUAUGUCAUGUUUGGCUGUAAAAAAUAGAUAACUUUGAAUGUAAAUCAAAGUAGUACAAUGUAUUAGCAAAUGUUAUUUGUUUUACCUCAUAUGGAAAAUAUUUAGAUACAGUUGUACUGAGUGAUAAGACUCAUUUGAGUUACAGUAAUUUAUAACCAAACCUCUCAUCUCCGCAUGUUGUCGGUUGCGUUCAGGGCUGUGACGCCCGGGAUCAGCGUAAAAGAUAACUUUAAAAGUUUGAAAAUUCGCUUGUGAUUUUACAACUGUCUGCCUGCUUAACGUCGACUCGUACGACAUUCACGAGAGGAUAUGGAGUGGUCAUAUUUUUGGCCGGAAUCACACGCCACCAAGCCCCAAGUAGUACAAUGUAUUAGCAAAUCUAUGAUAAUAUGGACUAUUCAGUGUGAUUUAUCUGAUGUUUGGAAAAAAUAUUGAGGCGUAGUCUAUUUGAGUUAAUUUAUAACCACAUAAGUAUAUACCAUAAAUCUGUAGAAAGAUAAAACCAAAUAGUUUUAGUAUAGAGUUUUUUGUUAGUAUGAAGUUUGCAGUAAAGUCUGUUUAUCGUAUUCUAGUUCUCAUCUGCCCGAAAGCGAAACAAAAUAAGACACCUGACAGUGUAUAGAACAAACCGUAUAGCGGCAGCGGCUCCGACGCUGAGGAACCAACCGGGGAUACGCUCAGAUAUAUGAGAGAGGAGAAAAUUGUCCAAUGUCCAACAAUUAUAUGUAUAUUCAAAUAUUUUAUUUUUUUAUGUUUAUCUACAAUUAAGAAAAAAAGUUGAGGUGACGCAUGACCGUCCAAUGGUGGAUGUUCCAAUCAAUUACGACAACUUUGAAACCAACAUCUUGUAUUAAUAUUUAAUUUGAAUCAAAUUCACAGUUUGAUUGGAACAGUGGUUUAGUUAUAAGUACUUAGCUGUGGUAUAAACGUGCUAUAAGCAUUUUAUAAGAAUUCAACUCUAAUGUCGCAGUCAAACGUAUUAUGUAAAAUUAUUUAUUGUAUUUUUUAGGUAGGUAGGUACAUACUUGGUUUAUAAUUUUUACUAAUUUUUUUCAUCAAUGUGAUAAUUUAGUCAUGGAUUGUGUUAUUAUGUUCGUUGUAUGACGAAUAGUCGCAGCGUGUAUUUACCCGGAUGGCGAAGUGCGGGUUUGCUCAUUCCUCACUAUCGAAUCGAUUUGAAAUGGGACGGACGCAGCGAACUUAUCACAUUGCGGGUUUUCGUUGCGUCACAAUGGCGCAUUGUGAUUGUUUAGCUACGUCUCACUGCUAACCGACACGAAGUGAGUUGUAAAUAGCAAAGUCGCACUACGCACUCUAAACGUGACGUGGCGGCGGGGAUGUGAUUUCUGUAUCGCGGACGGAUGUAAACCUUAUGACUGCGUAACAUAGGGUGAUUACUAAUGAUUUUGAGUCGGAUCUGUUGUCCGAAUUUUUAACGGACCGCUUAAUAAACGAACGUAGGUAAAUGUGAAGUUCGCCUUGGUAAAACUGUUAAUCAAAAGACGUCACUUUCGCCCGACGUCGUUUGUGGUAUGAUGUUAUAAUGUAACACCAAAGUACGUUACCUAAGUUAUAUUUAUUUAAUAUUACCUGUGUUAUUUAUUUACAUUAAGUGGUUGUGCAACAAAAAUACCACAUCAAAUGUGAUUUUAUUUAAGUGACAAUAAUUAGUGAGUUGUUUAUUUCUUUAAAAAAAAUAAUUUGAAAUUUUGUGUGAAUGAAAAAAAUGUAACAUACAUAUUUACGAAAGUGUGAAUUUGGCUCUGAAAUUGCCAAGUUCAGCGAACUGUUUUCCGAUAGUGUAUAGCAGGCAUGAGAUUUUACGUGUCCGAAAAAUCAUAAUAGUCGUAUUUGAUUUUGACAAAUCUUUUGGAUAGUCAUUAUGUAAAGUUUAAAGUAGGUUUUGUUAUCCUCAAAUAGUGUAUUUAGCACAUGGAAUUAGUAGUUACUCCGUACAACCGGAAUACCUACUAAUUCCAUAUUUGUAGAAAAAUAUUAAGUUUGCAUUAUGAUCCGAAAUUGAUGAAUUGAUUUGUGCAAUAUAACUUUUCCUGUUUCAAGAAACUUGUCCGUUCAAAUUUUUGUUGCUUCUGUCUGCAAUCAGUUACAUUAUUUGUUUACAGGAAUUAUUGACUACUAAAAGCAUUUAGAAAUGAAAUAUUUUGAAUCUGAAUGUUUGGCCGUCGUCCUUACCAUUAUUUUGUGAAAUGUUUUGUAUAUAUAUUGUUACCGUGCAGCAAUAGGUAAUACUGGAGCACGAACUGCUAAAAUCUUUUUGUUACAAAAGUACAUAUAUUAGUAUCUCUUACAUCUGUGGCCAGAUUCUUGCGCGUUUAAAGGUAUAUUACUUUACGUUGAUUACACGUUAUACUUACUUAUUUGUAUAUCUCGCAAUAUAUGUAUAAGUGAGGUCGAGCCACAGAUGAAAGAGAUAGCAUCUUGCAUGAAUUACCUGAAAGUAAUAUAGCUUCAAGAUUGUUACUUUAUUGUUGUGUUGUAUAUACACCAAAUUAUAUCUAUUUCAAUAAAAUUUCUUUGAGGAAGGAAUUAUUUCAAAAAUUUACUACAGAUAUUUUUUAUAAAAUCAUUCUGGUUUUGUUAAAACUCGACGGAUGAUAGGAUCGACGGGCGAAACACUUCGGAAUCACCAGGUACCUAAUUUGGAACAGGUUUUGUAUCAUAAUUAUUAAUAUAUAUAGCUUUUAAAAUUGACAUUGUACUACUAUAACCCAUAGAAUAUAGAAUACUAGAGUAUUUAAUAAUCUAAGUAUUAACCCUGUUAUGUUUCCAGCAACGGUUUCCAGUUAAACUUUUGAAGUUAUUAGAUUUAAAUAUUUAUACCUAUUUGUUCCUAUAUAAUAAAAUAUUUUAGAAAUUCAAAA